GAGAAAUUAAAAAUGAAAUAAAUUAAUAAAAAAAUUAAUUAAUUAAUUAUUAAAAGAUUUUAAAAAUUAGAAAUAGUAAUGAAAAUCAAGUUAGUUUUAUUAGCUCUCUGCAUUUAUUUAUCUGCAGUUUUAGUCAAAUCAAAGAAAUUAAAGCCAUCUUGUAGCUAUCAUGCUACUUUUUAUAAAACAAGGAUUAUUCUAACAAAAAUUCUUUAUCAUGAACUUUAUAAAGAUACCUAAGCAAAGCAACUAAAUGAUGCUCUAUAAAAAUAAUUUUUAAACUCGAAACCUUCGAUUAAAUCUGAAGAUGAUCUUGGAGUUUGCUCUGAAUACGCUGGAGAAAAUUCUUGCUGCAAUAUCAAUAUGGUUAAAUUGAUUGACUAAGCUGCUUUUUUAAAAGUCAAGCCUCUUUAAUAAGCUAAAAGUGCUUUCUAAAAAUUUAUAAAUAUUUACAAAGCUUAAAUAAAUGAAAAUUGCCAUAAAAAUAUCAAUGAUGAAAAUAUUUUGUCUAAUGAAAAUUUAAAGAUUUUAUAAGAAAAUAAAUAAAAAUAAGCUGAUUGCAAAGUAAAUUUUGCAAAGAGCAUUUCAUCUUUCACUAGAGGUGUUUUAUGUACAAUGUGUGCUGGAGUUGAUCAAUUGGAAGAUUACUUCAAUAAUAAUAAGUAAUUAAAAAUAUCUCCUACUUCAUCAUAGACAUUUGAAAAGAAUACUCAAGAGGCUAUUCAAUGUCAUGAAUAAAUUUUUAAUUAAGCCAAUAUUGAAUUAAUGGUUAAAGAAUUAAAUAGCUUUUAUAUAUAAACUGAUCACACAUGUGGGGAUGUUGUUGUUAAAAAUAUAAAAUCUAUUUUUAAAAAUCAUAAAAUUCAUAGCGAAGAUAGUGAACAUCGUAAAACAUGUAGGAGUGAUCAUGUAUAUGGUGAUAAUUCGCAUUGCGAAAAUAUUCUUUAGGGUAACAAAGAUCUUGAGAGUAAAACUCAGAGAUUUCUUACUUUCGAAGAUGAAUAUCUAAAUAUAAAUAGAUUGCUAUAAGAAACAACUGAUGCUGUAAUAGAUAGUAAUGGAGUAAAUAUUUACAAACCUAGCGAUACUGAUUAAAAUAUAGAUGAAUCAGGUGAUUAAAUAAAACCUAAUUUUGAUGGAAUAGAUACAAAUAAUAGUUUGAGUUUGAUUUCAAGCAUUUUUAUUUGCUUAGUUUUCUUAAUAAUUUGAAAAUACUAAUUAUUUUUUUAUUUGUAAAUGAUAUAAAUGUAUUUAUUAUUAUUUUUGUUUAAUUUAUUGUUAAUUUUGAAAAUAUUUAUUGUAAUUUUUCAG